AUGAGGGAUCGUUUUAUUCCUCACAAUUUCAAGCAAAGUCAAUAUGUGAAGUGGAGCACUUUGCAACAAAACGGAGAAUCGGCUGAGGACUACAUCAAAGAGUUUGACAGACUUUCUAUCGUGUGUGAAAUCACGGAGAAUGAAGAACUCAAGAUGGGACGUUUCGUGGCUGAGUUGGAUCAAGAGUUGCAAGACAAACUUGAAGGUUACACCAAUUUAACCUUUGCUGAAGCUUGCAAAUUUGUGAUCAAGUUUGAUUCGAAAAGGAAGAAGAAGAAGUCGAUUGUCACCCCUCAAACGGCACGAAGACCAACCUUCCCUGUCAAAGAUGGUUCUUCUUUUGUCAAAGCCAACGAUCCACCUAAGAAGGACAAGAAAGAUUUCAAAAUGAGUGACAUUGUUUGUUACAAGUGCGGAGGAAGGGGUCAUUUUAAGAAGGAUUGUCCAAAUUCCAGAGCUUUGACCAUACAAGAGGUAAAGCUUAUUGCUAACCAAACUAUCAAUUGGGAGGAUUUCGAGGUUGAAGAAGUGGAGGACGUGAAUUCUACUGAAGGGGACGGGGAGGAAGAGCAAUGUUUCCCCGAAGAAGAGACCAAAACAAAUCUGGUUGUGAGAAGGGCGUUGCAAGCUCGCGUUGACGAACCCUUAGCACCGCAAAGGCAACAUAUUUUCAUUACCAAGUGCAAGAUUAAAGGCGAGGUAUGUGAUUUAAUUGUUGAUGGUGGUAGUGAGGCAAACACAGUUUCCAAAACCUUGAUAGCUAGACUUGGUCUUACAACGACAAAUCACCCACAUCCUUAUAAGUUGAGUUGGUUGGACUCUAAUUCUAGCACGGGGGUUAGGAAACAAUGCAUGGUUAGUUUUUCUAUUGGGUCUUAUCAUGAUACUCAACUGUGUGAUGUUGUGUCUAUGGAUGCUUGUCACAUUUUGCUUGGUAGACCUUGGCAAACUGAUCGAAAAUCUCAACAUGAUGGGGAAAUUGAUGGUGAGGAGGAAUUAUACUUGUUGUACUCUAAAGAGAUCCACGAAAAUUUUGUGAGUCAAAAUCCCAAAUUAGCUCAGUUGAUUAAGGAUUUUGAGGAUGUUUUUCCCGAUGAGUUACCGAAAGAGUUACCACCUUUGAGGGGAAUUGAACAUCAAAUUGACCUCAUUCCCGGUGCUCCUUUGCCUAACAAACCUGCCUAUAGGUGUAAUCCCUUGGAAACUAAGGAAUUGCAACGACAAAUUGAGGAGUUGAUGAGUAUGGGGUUUCCAAUUCCAAGACUAGAUGACAUGCUUGAUGAACUGAGUGGCUCAAAGUGGUUUUCAAAAGUGGAUUUGAGGAGUGGUUAUCAUCAAAUUCGGAUGAGAAAAGGAGAUGAAUGGAAGACCGCUUUCAAAACCAAGCACGGUUUGUAUGAGUGGCUCGUGAUGCCAUUUGGACUCACCAACGCACCUAGCACUUUCAUGAGGUUGAUGAACGAGGUGUUGCGGCCUUUCCUUGGCAAAUUCGUGGUGGUGCACCUUGAUGAUAUCCUUAUUUAUAGCAAAAAUGGGGAUGAACAUUUGAUACAUUUAUUUAAAGUUUUCACGGAGAAGGAGUGA